AUUUGGAAAGAGCGGGGGGCCGACCCGUCUGGUGGGCGGGGCUAGCGGGCGAGACCUGAAACGGAGCUGUCAGGUUUUCUUACGUCAAUUAAUCGAAACGGGUGGGCGGGGAAACGUUGAAUUCCUGCAGCUCAUUGGAUCUGGUAAGCCGCGCCCCCACGGUGGCCCAGAUUCCAGAGGGAGGCGCGGUCAGCGGUCAGCCCACCCGGUUAAAUUGCCAGAGACCUCGCCCUGCGCCUGAACAAUGCUGGGGAAGCGGGUGGGUCGAGUCUUGUUUGCCUCCCGACGUUACCAGCUUCCUUUCCAAACACGCGGCGUGGGUCGUUGCCAGUUUGCAUGGUUUUUAAAUCAUUAGCAUAGGUAAAUACUCGUAGGGCACACCCGCACAGGGCAAGAGCGUCCCCUGUACUGUAGUUACAGGGACGAAGAGGGGAAGAAGGGCGGAACUGCCGCAAACGUCUGGCUUCAAAGGCGGAACUGCCGGAGUGCUUUACGACCGCGGGGGCUCUUGCACGUGUUACGUAGCCCGUUCGGACGAGCGGGAGAGUCGAUCGCUCGCGUGAGUGGCUGGAAGCGGGACGUCUCGGCGGCUGUCUCCGCAUGGCGGCUGUCGAAGAGGAAGAUCCCUGCGGGAGGGAGCUGGCCCUGAGCGAGGAGGACGAGGUGGAAGAGGUGGACCAGGAAGGGGCAGCCAAGAAGCACCGACAACUGGUGGAUGCCCUCACUGCCUUGGUCGGUGGGAAGCGACGACGAGCGGUUGAACGUACUGAGGCCAGCGCGCAGAUUUCAGAAUUCGAUGUGGGUGGUGGAGGUGAUAAAGUUCAGCUCUCGGAGCUGCUGCAACCGGUUUCUGCCUCACCAGCUCUACGCCCCAUUCAGAAACAGCUGAAAAAAGCCCAGCAGAAAAAAGCAACUGAAAUCCCACUUAGUAAGGAAGAGACUGAACGGGUGGUAAGGGAAGCAGCGUACACUCAGACAGCCGAAGCUCUGAACAAGUGGGACCCAGUAGUGAAAAAGAAUCGACGCGCUGAGCAGCUGGUCUUCCCGCUGCAACAGGAGAGCAUGACCAUUGUGCCGAUCGAGGAGGUGAUGUCGGGCUGGCAGGCACGGACCCCCUUGGAGCAAGAGAUCUUCAGCCUCCUCCACAAAACUCAGCAGCCAGUGAAGGAUCCGCUUCUGACCCCACAGGAAAAAAUCUCAUUGAAGGCCAUGAGCCUGGAGGAGGCUAAGCUGCGCCGCAUGGAGCUGCAGAGAGCUCGGGCCUUGCAGUCCUAUUACGAAGCAAAAGCCCGACGUGAGCGGAAGGUUAAGAGUAAAAAGUUUCACAAAAUGCUUAGGAAGGGUAAAAGUCGGAAGGUGCUGCAGGAGUUUGAAACGCUGCGGAAAUGCAACCCCGAGGCUGCCCUGGAGCAGCUGGAGAAAAUUGAGAAAGCACGGAUUGAGGAGAGGAUGAGCCUCAAACACCAGAAUAAGGGCAGGUGGGCCAAGUCAACUGUCAUUAUGGCAAAGUAUGACCUCCAGGCCAGACAGGCGAUGCAAGAGCAGCUGGCUCGGAACAAAGAACUAACCCAGAAGGUCUGUCCUGCCUCAGAAAGCGAAGAGGAAGAAGCGGGUGACAACCCUGAAGCAGAGAAGGAUCUUGUUCCAGAUGUCGUCAAUGAGAGGCAUAUUGGAAUGGAUUCCAGCAACCCCUGGAUGUUAGGAAGAACCCCUGCGGAAUCCAAGGAGGAGCCAAAUGUUCCAGCAGAAGACAGUGGGGAGAGUGAGGGAGAGGGAGAGGAACUGCUCAUGGCCAACGAGAAAGAUUUGUUGCAAGAGUCUGACGGGCAGUGGCAGAGCCUGAAACAUCAGCGAGGCAGUGCUGGGCUUCAAGGACCUAGCAAAGAAGAGGGGCCAGCGGAUGCUCCGCCCAGCCCCCCAUCAAGGGAGCAGCCCUUCCUGAGUGAGAAGCUGAAACGGGUUCGUACCUUGGAGGACCUGGAGGAGGACCUGGAGCCAGAGGCUAUUCCACAGGAAGAUGAAAUGCUGCAACCCAAAGAGGCCCAGCCCUCCCAGUCGGUGGGAGCCGAGCCCCCGCUGCAGCCCCAGGCCGGCAAGUCCAAGAAGUCAGCCAAGCACCAGGCUCUGAUUGAUCUUGAGACAGUCCUUGCGGGGGCACCAUAUCCCACACAGUGCCCGCUGGUGCCUGCUGUUGUGCAGGAUGAGCUGGAGUCAGGCAUAAGCCAGCGGCAGGUGAUCCAAGAGGCUUUUGCCAGCGACAACGUCAUUGAUGACUUUUUGAAAGAGAAGCGUGAAGCUGAAGAGGCCAGCAAGCCGAAAGCAAUUGAUUUGGUGCUUCCAGGAUGGGGCGAAUGGGGAGGUGUGGGGCUGCAGCCAAGCAAAAAGAAAAAGAAAAGGUUCCUCAUCAAGCCAGCCCCUGGACCCCCAAGGAAAGACCGGCACCUGCCCCACGUCCUGCUGAACGAACAGCGGAAUAUUUUAGCUGCAGCUCACCAGGUGAAUCACCUCCCCUUCCCCUUUGAGAACAGUCAGCAGUUUGAACGCAGCAUUCAAGUGCCUGUGGGCUCCACUUGGAACACGCAACGGGCUUUUCAACAGCUGACAGCCCCCCGGGUGAUCACUCAGCCCGGCCAGAUUAUCCAUCCCAUCACUGCAGAAGACGCCAACCUGAACCGUCAGGGAGACAGGUCAACAGCUAAGGUUGGACAGAAACCAGAUUUAGAGUUAAGCCUGCCUCCCCGCCAGCCUCGUCCUCCCCAUAUCUCAAAGAAGAAAGACCGGUAGGAGUGAGUUUGUCCUGGUACUGCCAUGAGCACAACAGCAUCUUGUUGGCGCUGUCCAGAACUCAUUGGACUUUUCUUUACUUCGAUCCUGACUCUUUAUAUGAGGAUCUUAUAUACGAGUGUUUCUCAACCUCAGCAACUGGGUGGCUGGGGAAUUCUGGGAGUCGAAGUCCACACAUCUUAAGUUGCUGAGGUUGAGAAACACUGUUCCAUACCAAGGGUAACACUGCUCAAAUGAAAGUUAUGGUUGCUUUCAUUCAAGUGAUUUGAUUUUAUUCUGUAUUCCUCACUCGCCCGUCCCUUUUUUUUCAAGGCUAAAGAAGCUAGCUCUUCUUGUUAAAACUUCCCUCUUGAUUAACAGACUAACUCAAGGGGCAAGCAGUCCUAUAUCCUCAAGUCUCUUGCAGCCACUGUAAUAAAGUCUGAAACAGAUGCCUUAGGUCUUAUAGAAGCUUAAGGCAUCAUUUUCACCAACCCCACCUCCAAUAAUUGGGUUGAUUCUUCCUGUCUUGCGGGAGGUUAAGGUGCAAGCCGUGUAAGGCGUACACGGAAAAAAGACUCAACAUUUCAGUCAGUUGCCUGUUUGAGACCUCUGAAUUACUGGUCGUAAUUCCACUGUCCUUAAGCAGGACAUAAAAGAAAAGUGUAACACAUAUACACACCAAAAACAAAUUUGCAGUUUAAAUGGAGGAAGAGAAGGGAAGAACAUGGGCCGUUUUCUUGCAGAAGGCCAGGUCUGUUAGCAACUAUCCAACAGAAAGGAAAAAUGAUUGUUGUUUCUCCUCCUUUUUCAUUAAAAUCUUAACCCUCAUCAAUGACUGGAAUUGGCCAACUAAUAAAUGGAUUUGUAUAUUUCUGAAA